GGCAGGAGCGUCUGGCUGCCGCAGCGCCGGACCGCCCGCCUCCCAACUGCCGCUGAGAUGAGUGCAGUGUCGGAGCCGCAGGCCGCUCACAGCCCCCUGGAGAAGCCGCCGAGCACCUCGAUCCUGUGUAACACCUGCGGGAAUGUGUGCAAGGGGGAGGUGCUGCGGGUGCAGAACAAGUAUUUCCACAUCGAGUGCUUCGUGUGCAAAGCAUGCGGCUGUGACCUGGCCGAGGGUGGCUUCUUCGUGCGGCAGGGAGAGUACAUCUGCACGCGGGACUACCAGCGUCUAUACGGGACCCGCUGCUUCAGCUGUGACCAGUUCAUCGAGGGCGAGGUGGUGUCAGCCCUGGGCAAGACCUACCACCCUGACUGCUUCGUGUGCGCCACGUGCCGGUUGCCCUUUCCGCCGGGGGAUCGAGUGACCUUCAACGGGAAGGAAUGCAUGUGUCAGAAGUGCUCCCUGCCCAAGACAGCAGGCAGCAGCGUGCACCUGUCCCAGGGCCUCUGGAGUUGUGGAGGCUGCGGCACAGAAAUAAAAAAUGGCCAGUCCCUGGUGGCUUUGGAGAAACACUGGCAUUUGGGCUGUUUUAAGUGUGAGACAUGCGGGAAGCAGUUGGACGCAGAGUACAUCAGCAAAGACGGGCUGCCCUACUGCGAGGCUGACUACCACACCAAGUUUGGCAUCCGCUGUGACGGCUGUGAGAAGUACAUCACGGGGCAUGUGCUGGAGGCAGGAGAGAAACACUACCACCCGCUGUGUGCGCUAUGCGUCCGGUGCGGCCGGAUGUUUGCGGAAGGCGAGGAGAUGUAUCUUCAAGGCUCCUCCAUCUGGCACCCAGCGUGCCGACAAGCAGCCAGAACUGAAGACAAAAACAAGGAAACCAGAAGCUCUUCUGAGAGCAUCAUCUCUGUACCUGCUUCCAGCACCUCGGGGUCUCCCAGCCGCGUGAUCUAUGCCAAGCUGGGCGAUGAGAUUCUUGACUACAGGGACCUGGCUGCUCUUCCUAAAAGCAAGGCCAUCUAUAACAUCGACCGCCCCGACAUGAUCUCCUACUCGCCAUACAUCAGCCAUUCAGCGACAGGCAGGCAGAGCUGCCAUGAGUCCCCGCAGGUACUCUCGCCAACGCUGACGGAGGGGGAUCAGGAUGACCGCUCUUACAAGCAGUGCCGGACCUCCAGCCCGAGCUCCACCGGGUCCGUCAGCCUUGGGCGCUACACCCCAACCUCACGGUCCCCCCAGCACUACAGCCGUCCAGCUGGUACUGUGAGUGUUGGUACCAGUAGCUGCCUGUCCCUGUCCCAACACCCAAGCCCUACAUCCGUGUUCAGACAUCAUUACAUCCCCUACUUCCGAGGCAGUGAAAGUGGUCGGAGCACCCCCAGCCUCUCGGUGCUCUCAGACAGCAAGCCUCCCCCCUGCACCUACCAGCAGGCGCCUCGCCAUUUCCACGUCCCAGACACUGGCGUAAAAGAUAACAUCUAUAGGAAACCCCCUAUCUACAAACAGCAUGCCGCCAGGCGACCAGAUGGCGAGGAUGGAAUCUUCGAUCAGGAUAACAGGAAGAAGACCAGCUGGCUGAUUCUCAAGGGGGAUGCAGACACUAGGACUAACUCUCCAGACCUAGACAGCCAGUCUUUGUCCCACAGUAGCGGGACCGAUAGAGACCCUCUCCAGACAAUGCAAGGGGACAACUUUUACUCACGACUCCCCUAUUCCAAAUCUGACCCUCCCCCAGGACACGGAAAGAAUGGCUUGGACCAUCGGAAUGCCAAUCUGGCCCCUGGUGGAGCAGACCUGGAUGCCAGCUGGGGCACGCGAGAAUACAAGAUCUAUCCUUAUGAUGCCCUCAUUGUCACCAACCGAAUUCGUGUCAAACUGCCCAAGGACGUGGACCGGACCCGGCUGGAGAGGCACCUGUCGCCCGAGGAUUUCCAGGAAGUGUUUGGGAUGAGCAUGGAAGAGUUUGACCGCCUGGCCCUCUGGAAGAGGAAUGACCUCAAGAAGAAAGCCCUACUGUUUUGACUGCCACCAGCGUGUGUGACCACGUGCACGCCCGGCGGCAGAGCACGGGACACCCGGCGAGAACCACAAAAACCCCUCCUAUUGCACCUGGCUCUGGCUUCUCUGUGUCCACGGGGGGCGGGCGGUGGGCCCCUGGAGAGGGCUGGGCUGGAGGCUGGGCAGGAGGAGGUCCCGGAGCCGGUGCGACCUCUGUUUCCGCCAGCAGUGCUCCUGCCUCUGGUUCAGAGCUCAGAUGCCUUGCUUUGCACGGCUCCUUCCCCACUGUUGCUUGGCAUUAGGGAGACGCUGCAAAGUAGUGGUCCCAGGAGAUCAAGGGACAUCUACACGGCGUGUAGCCCGCCUUCUCAAACCCCUGUGCAGUGCCCCAGCCCCCCGCACGAGGCCCUGGGGGCACAGAGGUGCCUG